AGUUAACAAUGACAUGAAAAAAUGUGAUCAGCAUGCAAUUUAAAAAGCUCCCUGCUACAGUUGUCAGCUGCUCACCUGCUGAAUGUCAAGUGAUUUUGGAGGGCAAGAAGACAAAGGUCAAGGGAUAUGAGGUCAUUCUGGAUGACACAAUAUUAUUCCCAGAAGGAGGUGGUCAGCCUGACGACCGUGGCACGAUCGGCUCGUCGGAGGUGCUGCGCGUCACCAGACGCGGCGCCGAGGCAGUCCACUUCGUCCGUGACCCGCUGACGCCGGGCGACGUGGUGGAGGUCACAGUGGACUGGUGUCGCCGCUGGCACCAUAUGCAACAACAUUCCGGUCAGCAUUUGAUCACCGCCGUCCUGGACCAGCUGUAUGGCUUCCAGACCACCUCCUGG